AACUUUCAUCGAAUGUCCAAACAUUCAGAAGUUUGUAUUCGGAAUAUAAAGACAUAUAUAGGAAGAUAACAAUAUGGCUGAUCGUUUAACUCAAUUGCAAGAUGCUGUUUCUCAACAAUCUAUAUAUUUCUGCAACACUAUUGAUUUCAUUGGCAAUAGCUGUUCUAAUGGUUUGGGAAUGCCUGCAGCAAGUGAAUCUGUCGCAAUUGGUCUUGGACAACAAAUGUCUCAAUCAGUAUUUAUAUGUGCAAAGGAUAUUGAAACUUUGAUUGAUUCAUUGCCCAAUGAAGAUAGUUCCACUGAACUUCAAUAUCAAAGCUUAAAGAGACUAGAAGCAGAACAACAGACACUGGCUGAGGAGCUUGAGGACUUGGCUAACAUAGGAGAAUACAUGUUGUUAAAAAUUCGGUCAAUAAUAAAUGACAUUUUCCAAGCCAAAAGAAAUUUGCAAAAGGAAUUAGAAGAGUUUAAAAAGACUACGAAUAUGAAAUAAAACGCUUUAAUGGUUUUU